AUGCCUACCUCAUCUAGAAUACAUCAGAAUUUUCUAAUAGUCAUAGGCUGGCUUGGUGGAUUUAGCACAUGUUUGCUGUUUUUGCAGUACAUGUCACAGAACUGCUCAUCCAUCCCUUAUCCCCACAAUGUUGAACCACAUUCUGACAAAAUCCCAAAGAACAGUGAUCCCGCUCCCACCACCCCUCCAACUGCUCAGCCAGAAAAACCCACCUUACUGCUGUGGGUCUGGCCUGAGAACUACAGGUGGAACUUCAGUGACUGCAAAACCUUCUAUAACAUUGAUGGAUGUCACCUGACAGAUGAUAGAAGCCUGUAUAAUCAGGCAGAUGCGGUUCUCAUCUUCCACAAAGCUAUUAGUUGGGAUCUGAGCAACCUUCCUCCAUCCCCUCGUCCUCCUUUUCAAAAGUGGAUCUGGUUCCACGUCGAAUCGCCAACUAAUACUAAGAGAAUUCCAGGUCUGGAAAACCUCUUCAACCUGACACUUAGUUACAGACGCGAUGCUGACAUCUCUGUGCGAAAUCUACUGACCGUCAGCAAAACCCCAAACAAGUUUGAGCUUCCAAAGAAAGACAAGCUCGUCUGCUGGUUUGUGUCCAACACCAACCCCAGUACUGGAACAGGAACCAGGAUGAAGUACUAUGAAGACUUAAGCAAACAUAUAAAAGUGAAUAUUUAUGGAAAAAUGUCUGGAUCGCACUUGAAGGAUGAAGAUUACUACCCUACCAUGGCCAGCUGUAAGUUCUACCUGUCGUUUGAGAAUUCCAUCCAUAAGGACUACAUCACUGAGAAGUUCAAUGGCCCACUUUCAGUAGGGACUGUGCCUGUUGUUUUGGGAGCCUCAAGAGAAAACUAUGAACAGUUCGCUCCAGGUGAUUCGUUCAUUCAUGUGAACGACUUCCCUGAUGCAUCAGCCUUGGCCCAGCAUCUACUUCAACUGGACAAGGAUGAUGAGGCUUACAGACGAUACUUUGACUGGAGAAAACACGUCUCUGCAACUCCUCAUCUAAUCAUAUGGAAUCAGGAGUUCAUUACAUACAUUUGUCAUGCCUGUGAAUAUAUUGGCAUACACAGAGAGUAUAAACAAGCACACAAUAUCUACAGGUGGUAUUUUUCAUAACCAGUAGCUCUGUAUUAUUUUUAAGAGGACCUAUUUUAUAAAUAUUGAAAAAUGAGUCAUUUUAUUUGAAUGCUGCCCACAUCAGGGUAUCAUAAC